AUGACGAUGAAUACCGGCACCCAGCAAUUGCUAGCGCUCCUCGCGCUCCUCCUCGCGAUCCAAGAAGCAUCUGCCAUCCCCGCCACCCCGGUCUCGGGCGGUUCCAAGAAUAUCAAAGUAACAAAGCCCAAGCCGCGCGUGUCGCUGCCCAGCGGCAGUUCACGACCAGACUCCUCGAACUCGCGAACGCGGACCGCCGCGAUAAUCGGCGGUGUCAUUGGUAUCCUCGUGCUCGGUGGACUGUUGGCCGCCUAUCUCAUCUGGAAAAAGAAGAAGGCAGUCAAGGACGAUGUUGCCGUAAGGAAGAAGCUGGUCGACGAUGAUGAGCACGAGGAGGGGGUCGGGCGGGGUGAAGGGAAGCUCAAGAGGGGCUCGAGGGAUAUGGACGACGACACGGUGUACCACGGAUGGGACGGGAUGAGACACUAG